AUGUUCUUCUGCUGGGGCACAAAACCCGACAAGGACGAGUUCCCAUACGUCUGGUACUACCAAGCUCAACCGCUGCGCAAGGCCCAGAAACACGACGGUCACCUCCGCGCUGUAUGUCCCGUCGUAGGCCCUCCUACCCCUGGGGCUUCGAACGUACCACGUCCUGAUCACCGGCGCCGUGAUCAUGCUACCGAGCAGCCUCACGUCUCGCGGGCUGCCCGGUCGGGUUCGAGCUCGGGCUCGGGUUCAGGGUCAGGUUCAGACUCGCCUGUCCGAGACAGCACGUAUCAUAUCCAGUACCAGCGAUCGAACAUCUACUCUUCCUGUGCGGAAACUGGCUCGCUGAGCCGUCGCGCCAGUCCCAAUUUUAACGAUGAGAUACUUGUGUCAUCGUCUGGUAGUUCGCAGGAGGAUGUCUUUGUAAGUCGACGCGAGCAUUCACGACUUGAACACCUUCCAACAGGAUAUCGUGGCGAGGACGACCAUGACGAAGCACGCCGCCCGUCUGCUGGAUACCGUCCGUCGACGAACCGCCCUAGCCAGGUGCAUUACUCUGUCCGGUCCUCGCAGUCGUCAGUGGAAACUCCUCGUCCAGAGCGUCGUGCAGAGUAUUUCUCCCUACCGAUUCGUUCUCAACGGGUUCGGUACCCGACUGGAUCUGAAUCUGGGUCUGGAUCUGAACGUGGGCGUGAACGUGAACGUAGACAUGGACGUGGACGAGAACGAGGUGAUUCACGACCCCCUCGUCAAGAAAACACUCGGACUCCACAGCGAGGACUGUACGAUCCAGAGCACGCAGACGGCAACGCGCGACCUGCACGCACUCAGCGGGUGCAGUUUGAGCGAUCGGCAUCCAGAUCUCCGCGUGCAAGACUCUUGUCACGACCUCGUCCUCGUCCUUGUCUCGUCGAUAAUCGCCAGCAGGACGAUUCUACCCGUCGGGACAGUCGUCAUCAAAUGCCUUGGGAUCGGGUCUCUGUUGUUAGGAUGUGCGAGUGUGAUAUCUGUCAGUCGGAUGCUUAUUCCUAG